GGCUUUUUAUUUUUUUCACCCAUUCACUUCAAUGCUAUUGCGUCUAAUAGCACCGACCACCUUUUUAAGCUUAUUGGUAGGAUCGUUUCUCGUUGGCGCUCAAAACGCUACAGAAACUAUCGAAGCAUCGAUCCCGCCACAAAGCUCCCCGGUUUGGUUGUCCAACAUUCAGCCUAUACCGGGAAAUACAGACUCGUACCCUUUAGGUGAUGUACCAACAGGGCCGUUGGAAACCGCUCCCUUUGCGCUACAAAAUUAUCCUCCAGGUUGGAAAUCGCCACCUGUGGAUUCACCUGAUGUACAAGCUGUGAUCAAGGCCUUGGAUUGGUCCCAAGUACCCAACAUUACCGUACGAAAAGCGGGUAAAGGCGGCGACGUCGACAUGGGCGGCUAUGACGAUAAAGCCGAUCCCGAUUGCUGGUGGACCGCCACAGGAUGUACCCAGUCCACUCGCCCCAAUAUUCCGCCAGAUAUCUUCAAUUGCCCAAUACCCGGUGAUUGGGGUUUGACAUAUGAUGAUGGACCCCUUCCAGAAGACGAUGACAGUCAGUGGGCCGAGCCACGAUUGUACGACUUUUUAGCCGAGCACAAACAGAAAGCCAGUCUCUUUUAUAUCGGUUCCAAUGUUAUUGCUGCGCCAGCAGCGGCUCGACGUGCGCUAGCUGACGGUCAUACAUUGUGCAGCCAUACGUGGUCGCAUCCAUCUAUGACAGCGCAGAGCAAUGAAGUAGUGGUGGCCGAGCUUUACUGGACUCUGCGAGCGAUCAAAGAAGUCACGGGUGUCACGGCGAAAUGCUGGCGACCGCCUUACGGAGACGUCGAUGAUCGUGUGCGUGCUAUUGCGUGGCAGAUGGGGAUGACGACAGUGACGUGGGACUUGGAUACGGAUGAUUGGAAUAUGCCUGGUUCGGGAGGCGGUCAUCUUUCACCGAGUGUGGUAGAUGGGUAUUUCCAGGGAUGGAUCGACAGUCGGGCCAAUGGCACGGAUAAUGCCACCGGUCAUGUUGUGUUACAACACGAACUUAACAACUCCACCGUGUCCAUGGCCGAAAAAUGGCUACCUGAAAUCCAAAAAGUAUUCCGCGUGAUGCCACACAAUCAAUGCCAUAACAUCCAGAAUCCCUAUUGGGAAACCAAUUUUGUCUAUCCCACUAACAAUGGCUCGUCGGCGGCGAUUCCUGAACAACAAAAUAAUAAUUCAUCCGUACCCGCCGCAUCCGGUGAAGUCGCUUCGUCUGAUCCUUCCUCUCCUUCUUCUUUAUCUUCUGGUCAGGAUACCGAUAUGACCUCCAAUGCUUAUCGUACCAUCGCUACCCAUACCUAUGUGUCCACGCUUCUUUUAUUCCUUGGACUGAUCGUUCAAUAUUAGUUUUCAUCUCUUUGUAGCUAAAUAAAAAAUACACCAUUUUCA